AUGGGAAAGAUCAUCUUCUACGAGGACAGGAACUUCCAGGGUCGCUCCUAUGAGUGCAUGAGCGACUGCUCCGACAUGUCCUCCUACCUGAGCAGGUGUCACUCCUGCAGGGUGGAGAGCGGCUGCUUCAUGGUCUACGACCGUCCCAACUACAUGGGGAACCAGUACUUCAUGAGGAGGGGCGAGUAUGCUGACUACACGUCUUUUGGCAUGAGUGAUUCUGUCCAAUCCUGCCGUUUAGUUCCUCAGCAUCGAGGUUCUUACAGGAUGAGGAUUUUUGAGAGGGAGAACUUCCAGGGCCAGAGCCAUGAGCUGGUGGAUGACUGCGACAACAUCACGGAUCGGUACCAGAUCUCUGACUGCCAGUCCUGCCAUAUCAUUGACGGGCACUGGCUAAUGUACGAGCAGCCCCACCACAGAGGCAGGAUGCUGUACCUGAGUCCAGGAGAGUACAGGAGCACCAAAGACCUGGGCUACCGCGGCAUGAGGAUCAGCUCUGUUCGCCGGAUCAUGGAUUCCUGCUGAAAGUCUGUCCAAUAAAAUGAAAGG